UUGAGAGAUCCAUGGGGUCACCGUGGGCACUAAACCAGGUAGGGAAUGGAGAGAAUCUGAACCUGGAACUUUCAUGAUCGGAUCAAACCAUCUCUUCAAAUACUUUUCUCAUGUUGAUGUGUGCUACUAUCAUUCUGACUGGCAUAGCAUUCGUGUCAAAGGUCAAUUCCCACAUCAUGCCCCAUCACAUCUUGAAGUACUCACUUUUCAAACCUUUGAACCAACAGAGGUCAAAAUAUGCCUCUAUCAGCCCUCAUACCGAGGCUGUAGGGAAGAGAGUUAUAAGAAGGUGGAUAUAUUGCUGCUACUGGUACGGUAUGAUGACAGAGGAGGAUCACUGGAUAAACUUGAAGGAUCACUACCAUUCCCUUUAGAAUGUAUUGCCACUAGCAAACAUAACAUGACCUCAGUGGUCACCUGUUCUGCAAUUCUUAAUCCAGGAAGGUAUUCUGUUAUACCAUUGAGUUUUAAGAAUUGGCAUGCAACUUUGUCACACGAGAGUCCUGUCCCAUAUGUCAUAGGAUUGUUUUCUGCUAAAGUGAUUGAAUGGGUUGAGCGUGCACCCACUAAACCAGGGUAUCUGUCUGAAUCACUGUUCCUGUUGGCAAGGAAGGAAGGGACACUCAGAAGUUUUAAUCAUCACUUAAAGUUGUACGAUGUUCAUAUUUCUCGUUCCCUUUGGUUUGUUGUGAUUGAGAAUCAUGACAAGUUCUACCACUACAGAAUAUCCAUAGACUUUACUGGCACAAUCAAUCUCAAACUAUCAAGAAAUGGUCUUCAGAUAGAUGACUACAUACCACCUCAGCAUAGGCAAGUUUUGGUGGUCAUUUUUCCCGAAGAUGAGCAAAAUGUGAUUCACAGGUAUCAGUAUAGCAUCAAGUCUCAGCCAUGUAUGCACAAUCCUAAUGGAGAGUGGGGAUCAUUCAUGAGCCCUUCACCGACUGAUGCUAACAGAGAGCUGCAUUCACCUAGACAUCUUGUGUAGUUUAACUGUUAUAAAAAGAAGCAGUACCACUAUUUUAUGAUUUUAUUGCAUAAAGAUUCUAUCUGAUUAAUUUUGAUAUGUGAAACUUAUUUUUGAUUGUUAAAGUUCUCAUUCACUAUA